CCAAAACCUGAUGCACGAAAAGCAAGUUGUAUUGUGUUACAGUUCUCUAGAAGCCGACUGGCAUUCUUAGAGGUCCCAUCGAUGGCCAUAUUAUGGCGACGAAACUCUGUCCAUUUCCAAGAGAUAAAUAAAUUUUGGCAAGAGCGUCUGGAAUACUGGACGUUCGGAGAACACGAACAGAGGUCGAGGUGGGAUGGUUCUGACUCCAAAGAAGGAGGUUCGCGUAACGCCGUGAAUGGAGUUGUUAUUAGUUACCGGCACGAACUAAUGGCCUUACCACCUUACACUGAGACGAACGACCCAUAUACGCACUGGCAGGCUUAUCCUAUUGCUGGAACGCAGCGAGACUCAAUGCAAAGUCCAUCCUGUGACUUGAAGGGACUACAAGUUCAACUGUAGGCAACCAACCGAACAUGGUCAGGACUGACCUCUUUCAGCCAACUUUUGUCCUCCAUCAGUGUCGAUACCUCAACCUGGGCCGACAGGGACUCUUAUCAUUGCCAGCCCUGCGGCGUAGCAUACGAAUCGCCCUUCAUUGCAUCUGAUCACCGUCUUUACUUAUCUACCGGCCCUCCAUCUUC